AUGAAACCUCGGUGGAUCGUCGACUUUCUGACGAUUUCUGCUUUGGCAACCAUUUCAAUGGCAGCAUCUCCAGCUCGGCAAGAGCCCACCGGCCCAAAUGUGUGCACCGUUCCGACGAUGGUCGAUGAGUACAAGCUGGAGAAGGUCUACCGUCCUGUUGAGUACACGGAAUAUGAAACCUGUUUGGAUGUCUCUAAAGGUUUCAGAUGCCCUGUUGUUAAGAAAGGAGGACGAUUUGGGUAUGAAAACAAACUGGUCAAAGUCGAAAAGUAUGUGAAAGCAUGUUGCGAGGGAUACUAUCAGACUAAGGACAAUGUUUGUAAACCUUGCUCGGUCGGACUGUGGGGACCUUCAUGUCAAAGAAAAUGCGAGUGUGACAACGGGGCGAACUGUGAUCCAGAAACGGGUGCUUGUAUCUGUGAAGCAGGAUUCAUGGGUGUCAAAUGCGAACAGGAGUGUCCACCUGAUCGGUAUGGUCCAAACUGUACGGAGAAGUGUCUAUGUCAGAAUGGUGGACGGUAA